AUGCCCACUCCCGUUGCCUCUAAUUCCAAGCUGUCGGCUGACCAGAAGCCGGCCGAGGAGACGAUACUCUGUGCUAUCCGCCCUAUGCUAGUCAAGCCCAGCAUCCUCCCCCAUGACGAUCCCAGUCACAACACCCUCAGAACCUUUAUCGACUUCAUCGACAGCAACGCCACUGGGAAGGAGCAACGCCUGAAGGCUUCCCCUUUCAGAGCGGUGGGAAGCACAUUCGACUUCAGUGACCCCGCCAAGUGUCACCUCCCGAACGUUUGGCAGUUCGCCGUUCAGGCCGACCUCGCCCGCCUGUACGACGCCGUGUUCCGCAGCGACAAACAGCCCGACUUCAUCAAGGCCGCCAACCUCCAGAUCUACAUCUGGUUUCCCCAGCAUGGGCCCCAGCCCUCUAAGAAGCCCAACUUUCACCAUCUAAUUGACAUCCGGAACUUCACCCUCUACGGCUGGUGUGGAUGUCUUCCCCGCGAUAACCCGAAGACGAGCCGUACCUUGGUCCUGACGACAGACCGCGUGUUCGAGGACUGCCCACACUGGUCAAAGUACUCUGCCACACCCGUCGAGCCCAUGCCUGACAGCCACGCGGCGGCGUCCCAUGGCCCCCUUCCCGCCCCGAUUGGCGUCAUCAACGGUCACUUCCCCCACGGGGUGCUGUACCCACCACCGGAGGACGAGAACUCCAACGUCGUCCCUUACCAUAUCUACGGUGGCGUCCACCUGAACCAUAGCCACAGACUGGCGCUACCGUCCCCAGGCAUCCUCUCGAAUGACCAGGCUGCGUGGCCCGAGUCUCCCAUCGUCCCCAGGGAGAUUUACCUGAGCUCCUCGACAUCGCAGCAGUAG